AUGGAGUUUCAGGAGAACUUCUCAAAAGCCUUACAACUUGAAUUUCCCACUGUACAUUUUGAAACAACGGAAUUUAUUGAAGAUAUUUCAUGUUUUAAGUCAAAAUGUGGAGAUAUGUUGAUUUAUCUUCUCGAUGAGUCGUGUCAAAGAAUUCAACAACAUGGCUACAGCUUAGAUGAAAUGUCUUCAGUUCAGGCGGUUAUUGAUUUGACUUGGGAGAAAAUCAAUACAGGAUAUUGGAAGGAUGUUGACAUCUCAUGGAGAAAAUUAUAUAGUUAUGCAAGUAUAGUGAAGGUGAUGGUCCUUGUUCAAAAUAAUCAAUUGUUGGAAGCUACUAAAUCAUGUGACCUAGGCUUACUUCUAGGAAGUCCUGUCCUUGAUAAUAUUUUAACAAAAAUUGUUUCUGAAAUUCAACAACGUCAAAACUGUUCUGAAAUCACUAAAGAUAAAAUUGUUUUGCAGACAGCAAACGAGCAAUCUUCACUAAAAAAUACAAAUAAUGACAUUCAAAAUAUCUUUGAUAUUCCUUUGAUAAAACGAGCAAAGGUCACUGACUGUUGUAUAGAGCGUAUAACAUGCCCUUCACUCAAUCUCUUUCAAAAGAAAUUCAUGAAUGAAGAGAGAACAGUUAUAAUCCAAGAUGCUAUAAACCACUGGCCUGCUUUUACCGCACAUAGAUGGAACCUUACUUAUCUUCAAAAUAUUGCUGGACAUCGAACUGUACCUGUUGAAAUUGGUUCUCGUUACACAGAUGAAUCAUGGACACAAAAACUAAUGAGCAUUAAUGAGUUCAUCAGUGGUUUUAUGUUGAAAGAUAAUGGUGAACAAAAUGUUGCAUAUUUAGCUCAACAUCAGCUGUUUGAUCAAAUUCCAGAACUUGCUAAGGACAUUACAACACCAGAUUAUUGUUGCCUUGGUGACAGUAAUGGUCAAGAUGUAAUAAUAAAUGCAUGGUUUGGACCCAAAGGAACAGUAUCACCUUUACAUCAUGAUCCAUACAAUAAUUUGUUAGCACAAGUUGUUGGAGAGAAAUAUAUACGUCUUUAUUCAAGUACUGAGAGCGAUAAACUUUAUCCUCAUGAAUCCUUUCUACUUUCAAACACAAGCCAAGUUGACAUUGAGGAUCCUGAUGUCUCAACAUUUCCUCUGUUUGAGACAGCUGACUACAAAGAAUGCAUACUCAAGGAAGGUGAAAUGCUUUAUAUACCCAAGAAACAUUGGCAUUUUGUCAAAUCACUAUCUGUAAGUUUUUCUGUAAGUUUUUGGUGGUAAUUCUUCUUGAUGUUUUUUUAUAAAUUUCUCUCUCUCUCUUAUCAUUAAAACCAUUUAUAAAUAAAAUACAACACAUAUAUUUUAUCAUUUUCUUUUCUUUAUUAUCAAUGUUGGCAGUGAAAACAUUUUGUCAUAGUCCAUUUGACGUAUAAAAGUUAUUUCAUGCUUUGCUCUUGAUUACUAUCACAUGUAAGCUUCCCAAUAUGUACCAAAAAGGAAAUAAUAAAAAAGAGUCA